AUGGGAAAAUCAGAGGGGCCAAUCCUCGCCCAGGAUCGUAUUUUCAUUCUGAUUCCAUUUGCAAUGUACGGACUCGUAGUCCUUGCUCUCGUUGGGACCGCUCUGGCCGCUGAAUCCUCCCCGGCGCUCAUCUUGAGCCCGUUGGUUAAGCAAUACCAAGACCUGAUCUACGGGGAGAAGUACGAUCAACUCGAGAAUCUCUACCACCCGAAUGCUGUCCUCGUCGUCAACGGACACGCUGCGCCUUAUUACACCCCAAAGAACAUUUUCGCGCAGAUCAAAUCUUCACGUUCCAAGGUCGGCGGCGCCAAGACCACCUUCCUCAAGGAGAGCUUCACCGGUGCCGGCGAGGUGCUGAUGUACGAGAACCAGUGGAAGAUUUCGACCGCCACCAGCGAGCUGACCGGCCCCUAUCGCGCCAUCUGGGUGAUGCACAACGGCAAGUGGGUCAUCUACCACGAGGAGUUCAGCCAGGCCGUCAAGAAACUU